AAUAUCACCACCAUGUUCUAUGCUUGAGCCCUGGAAGUCUCUUCUCCUUCGUCCAUGGUGAAUGUCAGCCCCGACUCUUAUGGCGCCAUGCUCGAGCCAGACAACGUUUUUCAUGAGAAGACAUGGUUAGCCGCUGGUUAUCUCGCAGGGUUGGGCUUUGGCCUGCAAUUCGCUUUAUAUUGUUUCUGCCUUCGAGCUUUCCGCAACCGAAGGAAGCUUUCUUUAAAUGAUUGUUUGCUGAUUGGAUGUAUGACCGUACUAUGUUUCGUAAAUGGUUGCUUCACAGCUGCAAAUGCCUAUGGUCUGCAAUUGACGUUCAUCGACGCACGCAAUUAUCCUGGUGGUUCAUGGGCUUUAAUGCACAGUAAAGAGCGGAUCCCAAGUGCCAUCAUGUCUGAUUUGUCCUAUCACCUGACUCACUUCUUGGCCGACGGUGUCCUGCUGAUACGCUGUCGUAUCGUCUGGGUGGCAUGUGUUGGCUCUAAAGCAACGUAUUAUAUGCUUUUUCCAAGCCUGUUACUGAUAACCUCAUUCGCAUUGGCAAUAAUGUAUAUGAUGAUGUGCAGUUCCCCGCUAGGGAUAUUCAACGAAAUGAAAAGCAACUUAGCGACGUCCUCAUUCGUGGUGUCGCUCUCGCUCAACAUCACCUUGACAGUCAUGAUCGCUUAUCGAAUCUGGAGUACGCUCAAGUCCUGUCAAAGUCAAUCGUCCAUGAAAUACUACGGCUCCGUCCCGACUAUAUUGGUCGAGUCUGCAGGCCUGUGCGCCUUUUCAUCUACACUUCUUUUGAUCGCCUAUGGGAUGGACCAUCCGAUCAAACGUCUUUGGUUGGCGCUCAACCCCUCGAUGCAGACGGUAUCCAUCUAUCUCAUAGUUAGACGGAUAGCUCAAGGGAAAGCGUGGACUAUCGAGACUCUUGCUUCCGCAGCUACUCCUUUCGACGGCCCAUUCAGUCUGACCUAUCAGAGUGGGCAAGCAGAUAACGAGAUCGAGCUGCUCUCCACUGUCGUUUCAUUUUCCUCUUCUGUGACCCACAUGUAGGAGUUUUGAGCGUAGGCUGAUUCGCUGGAUCGAGGUUUCCUGGACAUAUAUUCCAUUAAUUGACUAAGAUCGAUUUGAGCUAUGCUCACUCUCCGACCCCGUCUUUGACACUAUCUCUGUCGUUUCUUAUGAAUAGUAGACCCAUUUACCUUUGGAGCUGGUGUAUAAUCAGCGGACGACUUACUAGGUCUCAUUGCGUUAUGGAGUACAGUCAUGACUCUAUAUGUAUUCCGAAAGUGUCGUUUUAUUCUCCGUACCUGAACAAAACCACUAUCUAUGUGC